GAAACGUCAGUUUUCGGAGACCUGCUCGGUUGCUCGGUGGGUGUUUGGAGAAGGUAACAUCAUGGCGUCGGGAACAGGAGAGCAGUCCGCCGGACACGAUGCAGAACUGGACGAAUUACUGGACAGUGCAUUGGAUGACUUUGACAAGACCCCGGCCCCUCCGGCCCCUGAACCUGCAGCUGCCUCCUCCUCAGCCAACAGUGGUGCAGAAAAGCCAGCGCUGCUGGAAGACUGCAAACUCUUUGAGACUCUUUUCGAGGGCGACAUGGCCUCCCAGGCCAAGGAGGAGUGGGAGAAGGCCAUGACUGAGCUGGCCAACGAGGAGCCAGAAUUACUGCAGCACUUCCAUAAACUAUCAGAGGCUGCAGGCAAAGUUGGAACUGACACGGCUUCCCAACAAGAAUUCACUUCCUGUCUUAAAGAAACACUUCGUGGCCUGGCCAAAAAUGCAGACAACCUGCAGACCUCUGGACUAGCUGGAGACGACCUUGUGAAGGCGUUAGAAGGCCUGGGAUUGGAAGAGGGCGGCGAAGGAGGCGGUGAUGACGGAAACAUUCUGCCCAUCAUGCAGUCCAUCAUGCAGAACCUCCUCUCGAAGGAAGUGCUUUAUCCAUCUCUCAAGGAGAUCACUGCGAAGUACCCAGAGUGGCUGGAGGCCAACAAGCCAAGCCUGAGCCCAGAGGACUACCAGCGCUACGAGCAGCAGGCCAACAUCAUGGGAGAGAUCUGUAAGCAAUUUGAGAAGGAGGAAGAUCCUACAGCAGAUAAAGAAGGGACGUUCGAGAGCAUCAUGGACCUGAUGCAGAAGCUGCAGGACCUGGGCCAACCACCCAAAGAGCUCGCAGGUGAUGCGCCUCCAGGUUUUAACUUUGACAUGGAGUCCCUCAAUCUCCCAGGAGGCCCCGGAGCUGGGGCGGCAGAGCAGUGCUCCAUCAUGUGAUGAGGUAGCGGUGCGGUCCAUCAGAAGCGCCGGAGCCAGAGAGUCGCUCUGUGUGCGUCAGCGACAGGCAGAGAGUGAAGGAGUGUGAAACAAAGGUCAGACAGGAGUGUGACCAGACCGUCGAAACUGUUAUCCCUCGGGUAGAAGGUGUGUGGAUGCAGAAAUAACAAGAGGAGGCACGGAAAACCAACAGAAACCACUCACACACACCAAACACACUCUCUUCUGUCUAAAAUCACUGAGCGCACAACAUUUUAACAUCUCUGCAUUAGUUUGUCAGCGGUUGCCGUAUCGCCUUUGCGGUUUAGUUUUAACAGCAUUCCCUUAAAAAGAAAACGCUGCUGCUGUUCUUCAUGUUGUUUUUACAAUACUGUUUAGCCUCAUGGUAAAAUCUAUCAAAGCACUUCACGGGUAUAAACAGUGCCUUUGCAAAAUGAGUUUAAGUUAUUAUUUUAGGUCUUUAAUUCAGCUGAACACUAGUUAUAGUUUUAAAUGGUGCGAGUUUUGCAAUAUCCCGUGUUUACACCAAUUUAGUGGCAAUUCAUUGGUACUUCAUCAAACACGCACCUCUGUUUCUGUACAGGAUGUAACUAAACGAGUUGAUUACCUAUUAACAUGAAAGGAAACUGGACAAAAAAUAAUGUACAUUUGUUAAUUAUUUAAAUGAAUGAAAAGACUAAAGAGGAUUGAAGUUCCCAGCACCUACUGUAAUUCAGCCAACUAAUUUAACAUUAUCUAACCCCGCUCCAAGUAUAAUCCCCCAUUCCCGGGCAUUGAUUUGAAGUGAUUGAGUUGAUGAUUCCCAUAUGCCUUUGCCAUGAUUACAGUGAUCUUUAUAGUGUAGAGUUACUGUGCAAAGUGCUCCCUUGUGAUUCCCAGUGUUUUUAAUGUGCA